CUAUGUAUCCGGUGUUCAUAACCUUUUCCGCCUUUUUAGAACGUGAUCUGUCGCGUGGUCACGUCGUUCGCAGCAUCGAGCCACAUAUCGUGUUCCAUCUGCGUUUAUUUUUUUAAGUUUUUAUACGCCAACAGUAAAGAUGCCUCCCAAAUUCGAUCCUAACGAAGUUAAGAAAGUAUAUCUGCGAUGCGUGGGAGGCGAAGUGGGUGCAACCUCGUCUCUAGCUCCAAAAAUUGGUCCCCUUGGUUUGUCUCCCAAAAAAGUUGGCGACGACAUCGCCAAAGCUACCAGCGACUGGAAGGGCCUGAAAAUUACAGUGCAGUUAACUAUUCAAAAUAGGCAAGCUACUAUUUCGGUGGUCCCAUCCACUGCGUCUUUGAUUAUUAAGGCGCUCAAAGAACCCCCAAGAGAUCGCAAAAGACAAAAGAAUAUUAAGCACAGCGGAAAUCUGUCGUUCGACGAUAUUCUUGAUAUCGCUCGUACGAUGAGGCCAAGAUCUAUGUCUAAAUAUCUUAGCGGAACUGUUAAGGAAAUACUAGGAACUUGUCAAUCGGUUGGUUGCACGGUAGAAGGCAGACCGCCACAUGAACUGAUCGACGACAUUAAUGCUGGAGAAUUACAAGUUCCCGACGAGUGAUAACGAAUUGUGAUAAGGAGAAAAAAUAAACCGAUUUGAAAAUCA